CCAAACACCAAAUCCCGCGAAACCCACUUGCAAGGCCGCCGGCGCCUGCUAUUACUCGACUACCUCGGCCACACCGGAGACGCACGCGACUUGCCCCAGGACGAACUUUUCCUAUCCUCUCAAUGCUGCGCACAGCACUUCCUGGAGUCCCUCGCCGGGCCGGGCCCACAUGGGCGACGAUUGCCCUACGUUGUCGUCCAGCGAGGCCGAACAACCGUCAGUUCCUUUCGACCACAGCCGCACCCAAAAUGGCAUCCCCAUCACACGCGAAGGUUGUUGCGGAGCCCAACACACCCUCUACGACUUUCCAACUGCUCCCCGAGGCGCAAAAGAGCGGCGCGGCAGAGGAUGCAUUAUAUCGGGAAUCCGUGGAACAGGUCGAGGCCUGGUUCGCGUCGCCCCGUUUCGCGGGCAUCAAACGCGACUGGACGGCUGCCGACGUCGUGACAAAGCGUGGGUCUCUGCAUCGGUCGUACCCGAGCUCGACAAUGGCGCGGAAGCUCUGGGACUUGGUGAGCGAGCGCCAGGCCACCGGGCAGCCCAUCCACACCCUCGGCGCCAUCGACCCCGUCCAAAUGACGCAGCAGGCGCCGCACCAGGAGAUCCUGUACCUCUCAGGCUGGGCCUGCUCGUCGACCUUGACCUCGACCAACGAGGUGUCGCCUGACUUCGGCGACUACCCCUACAACACAGUCCCUAACCAGGUAGACCGCAUGUUCAAGGCCCAGAGCAUGCACGACCGCAAGCAGUGGUUCACCCGAUCGCAACUGUCGCCAGAAGAGCGCGCCAAGACUCCAUACGUGGAUUACUUUCGGCCCAUCGUCGCCGACGGCGACACAGGCCACGGCGGCUUGACGGCUGUCAUGAAGCUGGCCAAGCUCUUUGCCGAGAACGGCGCCGCCGGUGUGCAUUUUGAAGACCAGAUGCAUGGCGGAAAGAAGUGCGGUCACUUGGCCGGCAAGGUGCUGGUGCCGACCGGCGAACACAUCAACCGCCUCAAGGCGGCGCGCUUCCAAUGGGAUAUCAUGGGCACCGAGAACGUGCUCAUCGCCCGCACCGACUCGGAGAGCGGUAAGCUCCUGUCGUCAUCCAUCGACGUGCGCGACCACGAGUUCAUCCUAGGUGUCGCCGACCCGGCCAUCGAGAACCUAGCCGAGACACUUGCCGCCAUGGAGGCCAAGGGUGCAUCCGGCACCGAGAUCGACAUUUUCGAGGCAGACUGGGUCAAGAACACGAAGCUCGUUACCUUCGACGAGGCUGCUGUCGCCCAUUUCACCGCCAAGGGCGUCGACCAGUCCAAGAUCGCCGAGUACCAGCGCAAGGUCGCCGCCCACCGCGACAUCGGCAUCACGGCGCGGCGGAAGCUGGCCAGCUCCAUCACCCCAGACAGCCCAGUGUUCUGGGACUGGGACGUACCUCGCACGCGCGAGGGCUUCUACCACUUCCGCGCGGGCAUGGCAGCCGCUACCAAGCGCGCGCUCGCGUUCGGGCCGUACGCGGACCUGCUGUGGGUCGAGACGGGCGACCCGUCAGUCAAGGUGGCGACGGAGCUCGGGCGCGCGGUCCGCGCGGUGCAUCCGGGCAAGGGCCUCGUGUACAACCUGUCGCCGUCGUUCAACUGGAUGGCGCACGGCUUCACGCCCGCCACGCUGCGCAGCUUCAUCUGGGACCUGGCACGUGAGGGCUUCGUCGUCCAGCUCGUCAGCCUGGCGGGCCUGCACAGCACCGCCACCAUCACCAACGAGCUCGCCAAGAGCUUCAAGACGGACGGCAUGGCCGCCUACGUCGACCUCGUCCAGAAGCGCGAGAAGGCGCUCGGCGUCGACGUGCUCACCCACCAGCGCUGGAGCGGCGCCGGCUAUGUCGACGCCAUCCUCGGCGCCAUCCAGAGCGGCAGCUCCGGGAGCAAGAGCAUGGGCGAGGGCAACACCGAGGGCCAGUUUGACUGAAGGAAGAAUAGACGCGUGUGAGUUACUGGGUCAUGUAGCAUGGGAGCGGCGUUCUAUUUUUCUAUUUACUUAGUCAAGGGCUUUGUUGGAUUUGCAUGAAAGUUGGAGCUGGAUAUUUCGGAGCAUUUCCAGGGCAGACACGCACGAAUUUGCCAAGGUAGAAUGUGGUAGAGACUUGAGUUG